UUCUCUUCUGUGCAGGGUGCGUGUCUGCGUGGUGUUCGGCCUCCUGUCUCCUGUGCCCUGCCCCUCUGGGCACGUGGCAGGGCCAUGGUGAUACUGCAGGCAGGACUCUGUCCUGGUCUGACGGCAGAGAUGAUCCAGCUUCUGAAAGCCAAUGGCAUCCGAACAGUGGUUGACUUCAUCUCAUCAGACCUGGAGGAAAUUGCCCAGAAAUGUUCUCUGUCUUACAAGGCUUUGGUGGCAGUGAGACGUGUUUUGCUGGCCCAGUUCUCAGCAUUUCCCAUCAACGGUGCUGAUCUGUAUGAGGAACUCAAGAGCUCCAUGGCUAUCCUGUCUACAGGGAGCAAGAGCUUGGAUAAGCUGCUGGACUCUGGCCUGUACACUGGGGAGGUGUUGGAGCUUAUGGGAGCACCAGGCAGUGGGAAGACACAGGUGUGUCUCAGCAUGGCAGCAAGUGUGUCCCACAGCCUCAAGCAGAAUGUCCUGUUUAUUGACUCCACAGGCGGGUUCACAGCCUCUCGCCUACUCCAGUUGGUUCAGUCCAGGACAGAGGAGGAGGAAGAGCAGGUGGAGGCCUUGCAGCGAAUCCAGGUGGCCCACGUGUUUGACAUCUAUAAGAUGCUGGCUGCACUGCAGGAGCUCCGGCACUGCAUGUCCCAGCAGGUUGUUUGUUCUGUGGGUCCCGUGAAAUUGCUGGUGGUGGAUUCUGUCUCAGCUGUAGUUUGCCCACUCCUUGGAGGCAGGCAGACAGAUGGCUUGGCCCUCAUGAUGCAGCUGGCGAGGGAACUGAAGACACUUGCCAGAGAAUUUGGCCUGGCUACUGUGGUGACUAACCAUGUGACAAGGGAUAGUAGCAGUGGCCACCUCAAGCCAGCCCUGGGCCGCUCCUGGAGUUUUGUGCCCAGCACGCGCGUGCUGUUAGAGAGCAGCCAAGGGCCUUUGGGGAAAGCCAGUACACAAUGUAUUGCAUCCUUAAGAAAAUCGCCCCGGCAGCCAACUGGAAUACAGGUAGAACUGGACAUUGGAGGCUAUGAAGCAUUGGAAGAGAGACCAGGUGCAUCUGGAGAGGAACUCUGAUGGAGGCGAAAAGAUGAAAAGUAGAUUUCAAGGCCAAGAUCUUGUCUUUUUAUUGUGGACACCUUUGCUGCUAAAAUAGAAAAGGCUGCAGAACUGGACAGUGUGAGCCAAUGCACUGUUAGGAUGAGGAGAGAGUUCUGUAGUCCCAGUAAAGCGGUAUUGUAUUCCAUCACUGUCCCACCUCAGGUGCUCCCUUCUCCAGUGUGACUCUGGGAUCGCAAGGAUUUCAAGGGAAAGCCUUUGUGGUCUGGGCAAGUGCAGCAUGUGUGGCUGCAGUGCUUCUCUGGAACUCAUUAGAACCACAGACCUGUUGCCUGGGGUCUUACGGAUCAGCGGGAGAACCUCUGUCAUCAUAGGACCGGCAGAAUUCGCUAAUAGCUCUAUAAACCCUUGCUGGUCAAUGACUUCUGUUUUUUCCCUCCAUAACCACCUGCUGCCAGAUCCCAGAAUCCUUUGGAGGGGAACCUCUGGGAAGCUUCAAGGAGGAAUACAAAAGAACUGGGCCUUUGAGAGCAAGAAUCCUGUUGGCUCCAACAGACGGUGGUCUAAAACACUGUUUUCACUGUAGAAAACAGUUGUUACAGCAAGCUUCAAGUAUCUGCCUCACCCUGCUUAUUUCUCAGUGGAACUGUAGUGGACAUAGGCUUCUAAAGGAAAGGGACAUGCUUGGCACUCAAAUGUUACAAAUGUUUGUGUUCGAAACCUUUCUACAGAGUAUGAAGGAGUGCACUGUAAGCAGCACUGGUAUUCUUGUACCUGAGUAUUCUUGUAUCAUGUGGCUGUUGCCUUGUGGAACUGGGUCUUUUGGGCCAGAUACUUCACUGAGGUAAAUGUGUGGCCCUUGGCUUACACCACUUGAGGA